UCUCGCGCACCGUGCACACGCUACUAGCGCGCGGCGGCUCUGCUCCACUCCACUCUCACGUCGGUAAUGGCAGCGAACCGGGUCGGGAGGAGAUGUAACAAUAAAGUGCACUCUCCGAACCGGGGGGGCCCUAGAGAACCGGGACUCAGCGUCCAGAAGAGGCAAGCGCGGGUCACGGUGAAAUACAACAGAAAGGAGCUCCAAAGGCGCCUAGACGUGGAGAAGUGGAUCGACUCCUCUUUGGACCAGCUGUAUGUGGGCAAGGAGGACGAGAUGCCUGAGGAGGUGAACAUCGACGAGCUGCUGAACCUGCAGACCGAUGAGGAGAGGGUAAAGCGACUCCAGGAGAUCCUCCACACCUGCAAUAACAACACAGAAGCCUUCAUGAAAGAGCUGCUACAGAAGCUCAAGGGGCUGCAGAAGCAGGAGGAACUUCAAAAUGACGGCAUUGAACACCCCCAUCACGGCUGCCACCAUCGCCACCACCCUCCUGAUGGAGAGAUCCACUGAGCCCUAACUUCAGCUCCGGCAGAUGGGUAGAUAUCAGCUGCAUUUUGGGUCGCUUCAGUUUAAUCCACACCCGCAUCCCCUUGCCUGCGUCUCCUGCGGCCCAUGGCUACGUACUGCACCGAAGAAGAGACCCUCCGGCUGAUCGUUCCCCAUCCACCUGAGACGUGAGGGGUUUCGCACUUGCGCACUCGGAGGACGGAGCGCUGGUUUGGGCUGUAACUCCGGUGGCGGGCAGGCAUGUUCCUCACUUUGAUUUACCAGAUAUACGGGGACUGUAUCCGCUUCCUCUGAGUCUACAGGUUGAGUUUGAUUUAUGGCCAUGGUGCGCACACACACACACACACACACACACACACACACACACACACACACACACACACAGGAACAUCUGCAGGUUUCCAGGAUGCUUCUCCAGAGAAAUCAAUCGCCCUCUAAGAGCUUUGCAGUGGAGCUCGCGACGAGAAGUCGUCGGAUGGUGAGCGCCAGAAGGUGAGGGAUUCCACCCCCAGUCAUCACACACACAAUACCAUGCUGACUAUCCACCACAGCACACUGUUAUCCUGAUAACCUGAAUCAACAUUUUCCAGUGGAGUCAGACUCUGUCAAUAUUUUAAAAGAACCUUUUAAAAAAGAAAAACAGGACAUUUUAAAAUACUUUUUGAAAGUGGAGCACAUUUCUUAUAAUUGUCACAGCUCUAUUGCUUACCUGAAUCUGUCGGCACAGGUGAUGGGAUUAAAUAUUUACCUGCAUGUUUUUCAAUAUUAGAUGAUAUUCAUGAUGAACAAAACAUCACAGAUGUAUUUUAGAACGUACAUUGGGGUUAGAUGUUAAAUGUUUCUCCUUUUUGUACUGCUGGAGUAUAGGUGCCACCAAAUAAUGAUUUGUCUGAGAUUAGUUUCAAUUUUUUUUUCCUGUUUUUAAUGGCAUACUUUAGCGCAGAUGUAUCAUAUUACUUGAAAAUUUAUAGAAAAAUAUUAAUUUUCUAAAAGGUGCAUUGUUUUUCUCCAGUCACACCUGUACUUCAGUAAAAAAUUACGAAGUGGGAAAAAGUCUUACCAGAACGUUGAGUUUCUGCAGUUUAAUGUUGCUUUUAAUAUUACAAUGAUGUUAUACUUUCCCUUGCUAGAUGAACCCCCACAUGUUAAGAAAUGGUUUGCUUUAGCAUCUUUUUCUUCAUUCCAAAGCCUUGCUGCUUUAUUUCCAGGUAGCACGUUCAUUGUUUAUCAGCUUUUUUUGUAGUUGUAACAUAUCCACCAACUGGCGUUUGGCAGAAUGGAACCCACAGAUGUGAUUCACAAUAUGCUAGAUGUUAUUAACUAAUGUGUUUCUGCAGUUGGCACAAAUCCAUGGGUUGUGUAUAACAGGACUGUGCAUAAAAGGGCAUGUUUAGUAAACAGUAAGCAAUAAGGGGUAAGAAACAACUGACAUAUCGUGUGGUGUGUUUUUUUUUUUUUUUUUUUUUUUU